AGAGCUGAGAAAAGCAGACAGGAGAUCACCGGUUGAUGCUUAAUCUGGACAAGGGUGAUGGAGAGUCUAGAAGAGUUGGAAUACCCCCUGCUGGGCAGCAGCCCCAAACAUCCCAGGAGUAGUGGUGCAGCUACCAGCAACGCAUCAUUCAAGGCCAUUCUUUCAAGGGUUGAGGAGGAGAGAUCGGUGCCCCCGUUGGCCUGGAGCGGUUACUGCGCCCCGCCUGAGCUCCGCCAACAGCAGUUCCUCGACCCGUGCUCCCUGCCCGGCGCUCCCGAGGCCUUUUACGCCACCGGUCCGCUGUGGGGCAGCACGGACCCCCUGGGCCUGCACUGCAGGGACUACCUAGAGACGACAUUCAUGGAUCUUGGGCCUGGUUUUCAGCUGGAAAGAAAGCUUCUCGAGGAGGUGAGGGAUGUCCACAGUGUGUCCUACAGCAUAGAAGACGAAGACGACCUGCUGCCGGACUACGAGGACUCGUCCAGCGAGGAAUUCAGCGACACGGAUAGCGAGAGCAGCUUCGCUCUGACCGUCCCGCAGGACCACCUGGGCCUGGCCUUCUUCUCCAUGCUGUGCUGCUUCUGGCCAUUGGGGAUCGCAGCCUUCUACCUCUCGCAGAAGACCAACAAGGCGUUCGCCCAGGGGAACUUCCAGGCGGCCAGUGCAGCUUCACGCCAAGCGCUGUGGCUCUCCGUUCUGUCCAUCGUCUUCGGCGUCAUCACAUACAUAUGCGCCGUCGUCGCCCUCAUCUCUUACCUGUCCGGAAAACCUCCUUAAGGUCCCACCGGUCCAGUCCGAUCCCCCCGCCCACACAUCCACUCAUUCCCUCACAGACAUACAAGCAGCAGCUGGAACUGUUUUCCGUACCAUCGAUGUCCCCAUUUCACCGCCCCCCCCCCCACUCCACCACAUGACUUUUCUUUAGAGAAAUGUUUAUAAGCCUGAAC